AUGCUUGUGCCGAGCCUGGCCACAAUCGGCGCUCGAGAGAAUUACUACUCGCCCUACUGUACCACGCUUUGUGUUUACGAGGAACCGCCGCCGCCCCUACAAGCCGUUCUGGUGGCGGAUAGCUUCAACCGCCGCUUCUUCCCCAUCUCCAAGGACCAGCCUCGGGUCCUCUUGCCGCUGGCCAACGUGGCAUUAAUUGACUACACUUUGGAAUUUCUGACUGCCACAGGCGUACAGGAAACCUUUGUGUUUUGUUGUUGGAAAGCUGCUCAAAUCAAGGAACAUUUACUGAAAUCCAAGUGGUGCCGCCCUACAUCUCUCAAUGUGGUUCGAAUAAUUACAUCAGAUCUAUAUCGAUCACUGGGGGAUGUUCUCCGUGAUGUUGAUGCCAAGGCCUUGGUGCGCUCUGACUUCCUUCUGGUAUAUGGGGACGUCAUCUCAAACAUCAAUAUUACCAGAGCCCUGGAGGAACACAGGUUGAGGCGAAAGCUAGAAAAAAAUGUGUCUGUGAUGACAAUGAUCUUCAAGGAAUCAUCCCCCAGUCACCCAACUCGUUGCCAUGAGGACAAUGUGGUAGUGGCUAUGGAUAGUGCCACAAACCGGGUUCUCCAUUUUCAGAAGACCCAAGGCCUUCGACGUUUUUCUUUUCCUCUGAGUUUGUUCCGGGGCAGUGGAGAUGGAGUGGAGAUUCGCUAUGAUUUACUGGAUUGUCAUAUCAGCAUCUGCUCUCCUCAGGUGGCUCAACUCUUUACAGACAACUUUGACUACCAAACUCGGGACGACUUUGUGCGAGGCCUGUUAGUGAAUGAGGAGAUUCUAGGGAACCAGAUCCACAUGCAUGUGACAACUAGGGAAUAUGGUGCCCGGGUCUCCAACCUACACAUGUAUGCAGCUGUCUGCGCUGAUGUCAUCCGCCGAUGGGUCUACCCUCUCACCCCAGAGGCAAACUUCACUGACGACACAACUCAGAACUGCACUCAUUCCCGGCACAACAUCUACCGAGGGCCUGAGGUCAGCCUGGGCCAUGGCAGCAUCCUGGAGGAAAAUGUGCUCCUGGGCUCUGGCACUGUCAUUGGCAGCAAUUGCUCCAUCACCAACAGUGUCAUUGGCCCUGGCUGUCACAUUGGUGAUAACGUGGUGCUGGACCAGGCCUACCUGUGGCAGGGUGUUCGAGUGGCUGCUGGAGCACAGAUCCAUCAGUCUCUGCUUUGUGACAAUGCUGAGGUCAAGGAACAAGUUACACUGAAGCCACACUGUGUCCUCACUUCCCAGGUGGUAGUGGGUCCAAACAUCACACUGCCUGAGGGCUCGGUGAUCUCUUUGCACCCUCCAGAUGCAGAGGAAGAUGAGGACGAUAGCCAGUUCAGUGAUGAUUCUGGGGCUGAUCAAGAAAAGGAGAAAGUGAAGCUGAAAGGUUACAAUCCAGCAGAAGUCGGAGUUGCAGGCCAGGGCUACCUCUGGAAAGCUGCAGACAUGAACAUGGAAGAAGAGGAGGAACUACGGCAGAAUCUGUGGGGACUCACUAUCAACAUAGAAGAAGAAAGUGAAACCGAAAGUGAGCGAAGUAUGGAUUCUGAGGAGCUAGAUAGCCGGGCAGGCUCCCCACAGAUGGAUGACAUCAAAGUGUUCCAGAAUGAAGUCCUGGGAACACUACAGCGGGGCAAGGAGGAGAACAUUUCUUGUGAUAACCUAGUCCUAGAGAUCAACUCUCUCAAGUACGCCUACAACAUAAGCCUAAAGGAGGUGAUGCAGGUACUGAGCCACGUGGUCCUGGAAUUCCCCCUGCAACAAAUGGAUUCCCCGCUGGAUCCAAACCGCUACUGUGCCCUGCUGCUUCCCCUGCUCAAGGCCUGGAGCCCUGUUUUUAGGAACUACAUAAAGCGUGCAGCUGAUCAUUUGGAAGCGCUGGCAGCCAUUGAGGACUUCUUCCUGGAGCAUGAAGCUCUUGGUACUUCCAUGGCCAAGGUAUUGAUGGCUUUCUACCAGUUGGAGAUCCUAGCUGAGGAAACAAUCCUAAGCUGGUACAACCAAAGGGAUACAACUGACAAGGGCCGGCAGUUGCGCAAGAACCAACAGCUGCAGAGGUUCAUCCAGUGGUUAAAAGAGGCAGAAGAGGAGUCAUCUGAAGAUGACUGAAGUCCUACUGCCUGCUCCAGUGGGUGUGAGUGAAGGCCCUCCUGACUUCUGGGCCAGGGCAAGUGAGAGGCUAGUUGCAGAAUAUGAGUGACCACCAUCCUGGCUGAGACUUAAAGGAGCAGAGGCUGGAACUACAGUAUUCUUCUCACCGCCAGCAACCAUGUGCCUCACAUCCUGACUGGGGAGUUGGGAUGAGGGAAGUUGGGCUGGAAAAAAGCUCUGCCUAAUGAGGAACUAAGCAGGCCCUGCAGUUAGAGGAAGGCCAGAGGCACAGCUUUGUGUUUUGGCUUUCCCUCGGGAAGCAGCAGAGAGCAGCUGGCCUUUUCUGCUGCUUGUAUUUGUUAAUUUU